UUGAGCAAGCAAUUUGCUGACGUUUUCCAUUGAACUGGGACACGUUCCUUUAUUCAUUUGUUUCGAGGUCCAUGUUAUCCUUUUUUGAAAAGAACAAAACCGUCAAACCUAAAAAGCACUUUGAUGUGUCUAAAAAGUUUCAAGACUUGAAGAAGAUUCCCCCUUCAGAGUUGAAGCGCAAACUUGUAGACAUUGACGUGCGGAAAGCCAUUCAACUACCUGAAGGUUAUCCCGAAGAAGAUUGGAUAUAUAUUGGCUUGUUGGAUUGCUUGUACCACGUCAGUUUAUUACAAAAUUGUUUGUAUGGAGAUUGUACGGAUGAAAGUUGUCCUGUUAUGAAUGCUGGCUCAAAGUAUGAAUAUCUAUGGCAAGAUAACGACCAACAUAAAAAGGCAACCAAAGUAUCGGCGCCUCAAUAUAUAUCUUUGUUUUUGGAUUGGGCAGAAAAACUUCUUGCAGUUGAUCAGUUAACUAGCACAGAAUGUGCAGCAGUCAAAUCACCAGAGUUUCGUGCAACUGCCAAGACAAUUGCGAGAAGACUCAUACGAAUUUAUGGCCAUAUGUAUUAUUCUCAUUGGGAUGUUAUUCUGGAACGUGGUGCAGAAUCUCAUCUGAAUACAUGUUUCUUUCAGUUUUUGUGUUUUGUACAGGAAUUUGGAUUAUGUUCGGAUAAGGAUAUCGAACCGUUGAAAGAUAUCGCAGAUAAAGUUUAGAGAGUGGAAUGACUUGAUAGAUUUUCUCCUCUUUUUGAUUUGGAUCUUCGUCGUUUCUUAUUUGUCUGAUUAUCAUAAAAAAAUGUUUUUUCGU